AUGGAUCGCGUCUUCGAAGGCCUCAUAGGCAACAAUGUCAAUGUGUACAUUGACCAUAUUGUCGCGUACGCUGAUGAUUUGGAAACGUGUUUGGGCGUCUGGACGAGGCGUCAUCUUAAGCUGAAGAAGACCUCAAGAGACCCAUUCCUCAGUUC